AUGACUUAUUUAAUAACUUUCAAGGCUAUAGAACAGAAAACUACUCCCUUCAGUGGAGAAGAAUUAUUAUGCGAAGAACUCACCAACAAUCCUUUGCAAGCUAGAGUAUACCUUACUUUGAAGAGUAGAUACACUACAACAAUUGAUGACUUACCACCAUUUGUUAAUUAUUUAAUAUAA